AUAAGCCCUUCUCUCUCUUACAAUGGUUUCUCACUACUGGCGAGAAUUGAAAGACGCUUCCAGAGAGAAGAGAGAGAGAGAUUGUCUCCCUAAAACCCUAGAGAGUUUGAUACGCACCACAUGGCUUUCUUAAGUAAAGUUGGAAAGAUAUUUAGGCAGACCAGCACCCAUGUCACUACCUCCAACUCAAUGCUACAGAGCAUCCGUUGCAUGUCUUCGUCCAAAAUCUUUGUUGGAGGUAUCUCCUACAGCACUGAUGAGUUUGGCUUAAGAGAAGCUUUUAGCAAAUAUGGAGAAGUUGUUGAUGCGAAAAUCAUUGUGGACCGUGAAACUGGGAGAUCAAGGGGCUUUGCUUUUGUCACAUUUACUUCUACAGAAGAGGCUAGUAACGCCAUGCAAUUGGAUGGACAGGACCUUCAUGGUCGAAGAAUUAGGGUGAACUACGCAACUGAAAGAGGAAGUGGAUUUGGAGGAAGAGGAUUCGGUGGUCCUGGUGGUGGCAAUGCGGGUGGUUACGGUGCUCCAUCUGGUGGUUAUGGAGGUGGUGGUGGUUACGGUGCUCCAGGUGGUGGUUACGGAGGCGGUGGUUACGGUGCUCCAGCUGGUGGUUACGGAGGUGGCCCAUCUUAUGGUGGGAAUGCUGGUGGUGGUGGUUAUGGAGGUAACUCUCCUUAUGGUGGCAAUGCCGUUGGUGAUGGUUAUGGAAGCAACGUUGGCGGUGGUGGAUAUGGUGUCGCUGGUGGUGUUGGUGGAAGUGACAACUUUGCUCAAGGCAGUUCCUCUAAUGCUGGAUUUGAUGACAAGUUUAGCAGCAACGAACCACUAGGCAACGAUACGGAUCAUCAGCUUGAAAGCGCUGGCGAUGAGCAGUUUGGUGGCAGUGACAAUCAGUUCGGUGGCUCGGAGAACGGUCAAACAGAGGUUGCCCCAGACGGGUUUGAUCAGCCUGACGAUGGUGAUGUUGCGAAAAGAGCUUAGUCUCUACAAUAUUGCGCUGCCUGCGUUACUCUUUGCAGUUUCAGAAUAAACUUGUGGAAGUUUCUUAGUUUCUGUUUUUCAACGUUUGGUGUUGUUUAUCAUAUAGGCAGAGACCUCUCUAUUGUUGGUCGUUUUCUUUAUGUUUUGUGACAUUUGAGGGCUCGCAAAUAAAACUGUAAUAACUUCUAACAGUCUCUCCUUUUUGUUCUAUUUAAGGGUUCCAUACUA